AAGAAAAAUUUUCUUCUGGAGGUUUAAAAUGAAAAUGUUCAAAGUUGAUGAUAUUUCAUUCGUUGUAUGCACCUUGCACAUGUUGGAUCGAUUGAUUAUCAUUAUUUGAUUGAUUGAUCGCGCACAUAUUUUUUGUUGUUGUUGUUGUUUUUACAUAGUGGAUUCUUGUUCGCUACAGAAUUCAGAAUGAAACAAUUAUUAUUUAGAAUUAUCAUCUUUUAUUUCCUGUCAAUAGAAUCGACCAUGAUUCUUGUUGAAUGUCGUCGUAUUAGACUUGGUCGUAUGAGACCGGGAUUAAUUUCAAUGAAUGGACAAAUUUCAUCGACUAUAUUCACCAAUAAUCAUCAAGAACCAACUGUAAAAUCGAAUGAUAAUUCUACAUUGAUUAUUAUUAAUAAUGGUAAUGAAAAUAAUCAAUCAACAUCAAUCUAUAGUGAAUGGUCAAGUUGGUCACGUUGUCGUAAACGAUGUAAACAAGUUCGUACCAGAAUCUGUAUCCGACCAUCCGAUUGUCAAUCGAAUAUACAGAAAGAGGAACGUGGUUGUACUGGUGAUCGAUGUCGACCAAAUUAUCAUCAUCAUCAUCAUCAUCAUAAUAAUAAUAAUCACCAUCAUCAUCAUUAUCAACAAUUAAUUGAACAGCGACCAUCGGGUAGCAGUAAUGGACGUGGCCGUGGUGGUACUGAAUUCAAAGUACUUUAUCAUCUACAAAGUUAUGUUUAUUCACAAUGGUCAAAAUGGUCACCAUGUACUGAACAUUGUCAAACACGACGUUAUCGUACUUGUGAAAUGAAAGAAAUCUGUGGUAAUAGUACAAUACAUGAAGAUGCUAUCUGUGCAAAAAAAGGUAGUAAUUGUGAAAAAUAUUUCAAAUCCAAAGAAGAUGAACAUCAACAAUUUGAUUUGGAAGGAUCAUCCACGACAACAAACACAAAUUCAUAUCGACAAUCAAUAAAUGCAAGUCGUAUGAUUAAUGAUGAAACUUGUGGCCAUUCAUUUAUACGUAAUGAUAUGGCCAGUAUGUUACGUAUAAUUGGUGGCCGUGAAGCAAAUAAAGGACGAUGGCCAUGGGUUGUUGCCAUAUUGAAUCGUAAUCAUGAAGCAUUCUGUGGUGGAACAUUGAUUACAUCACAAUUUGUCAUCACUGCUGCACAUUGUGUUCGUCGUCGACUUUAUAUUCGUGCCGGUGAACAUGAUCUUAUGAUACCGGAAGGUUCAGAACAACAGGAACCAGUAUCAUCGUUAUUUGUUCAUCCAGAAUAUGAUCCCGAUACAGUGGAUAAUGAUAUUGCAUUGUUAAAACUUCGUCGUCCAUUACAAAUGAAUCGUUUUGUAUCACCAAUUUGUUUACCAUCUGAUCAGGAUAUUUUACCAACAAAUAGUCUUGGUACAAUUCUUGGUUGGGGUAAACGGAAAAAUUCUGCAAUGUUUGGUAGUGAUGUAUUACAUCAAGCACAGGUACCGAUAGCCGAUAAUGAUGAUUGUCGUAAUGUUUAUAAAGAUAAAUACAUGAUAUCGAAUAAUAUGGUUUGUGCUGGCUAUAAAAAAGGAAAAAUCGAUAGCUGUGCAGGUGAUAGUGGUGGUCCAUUAUUAUUUAGUAAAAAAUCUACAUCAUCAUCAUCAUCAACAACAUCAACAACGAUAACGGAUACAAAAUGGUUUCUUUAUGGUAUUACAAGUUUUGGUGAAGGAUGUGGUAAAAAGAAUAAAUAUGGCAUCUAUGCAAAAGUACCGAAUGUCGUACAAUGGAUACGUAAAACUAUAAUGGAAAAUUUGGAUUGAAAACAACCAAUCAAUCAAUUUGUUAUUCGAUAAAAUCCUGUGAUAAAAUAAAUUCGACCACUACAUAUUGACCAAUCCAUCACCAACCAGCCAAUUGUUUUUUUUUUUUUUUUUUGAUAUCUCAGCACUUUUAUUUGUUUUU